AUGGAGAGUCUUCUACGGCUCAACCCGGCCUCACACCCAGAAUUUCGUCAUGGGAUGGUCCUCUUCUGUGCCCCCGGCAUCUACGUGGGCCGUCAUAGGCCUGGGAGCCGGCGAGCAAGCCGAGCUCUGCGCAGGUCGCUUUCGCUGUCAAAUGUCAUUCUGUACGGCCUCUUCACGCUGUGCGGCUGGGUUCGGCGGCACGCUGCUCAACAUCCUCAAACCCAGAAGAGCGUCAUGAUAGGCUCGAUAGGGUACCCGCUGUACGUUGCCGGCCUCUGGUAUUACGACCGGACAGGCCACAGCUGGUUCCCCUUGCUUGCCAGCACAUCCUGGGCUCCUUUCAUCAGUAAUCCAGUGGAUGCUGCGGUCGACUGGCCGCGACUGUGGGCGCCAUCAUCGCCUUUGCUGCCAACUUCCCCCAGCAAAAAGCCCGUCGGCGUCUCGAGUGCUGUUUACGGGGACGUUUACGGCCAUCCACUGUCUGCCCGUUUUUCCCUGGCGUUCUUCCUUCCCUGGUCGAUCGCAGAAAGGUCGUCCGCGCGGAUGGGAACCCCAUUAUCGCCGUCUUCAAACCCCCCAAGCUGUCUGUUGAGCUCAAAGGCCAUGGCCAGGGCCUUCUUUGACCCCCGGAUGUUCAUCCUCUUCCCUGCCAUCCUGGGCUGCGAGAUGGGCCUCGCCUUGGUCAGCAGUAUCAACGCAUUCUACUUCAACCUGAGGACCCGGUCAAUAAACAACCUAGCAUUCCACUCAAUCCAGGUCUUCAUGCCCUGGAUCAUGGUCUGUAUCCUAGAUAACCGACAGGUCAAGAACCGUAAGACCAGAGGCUUCAUUGGUGUGGCCGUCAUCGGCGCUGUAUCUGUCGGUGCCAGCGCUGGUCUAUACGCCUGGCUUGAUAUCAACAACAUCGCCAGCCUUAAGAAGCCCCAGGCAAAGGACUGGACUGACCCAGAGUUCGGCGGCAUGUUUGCUCUCUUCCUGCUCUUCGGUGCUAUCUAUGCUGCCUACCAGAUGACCAUCGAGUGGGUUGUCAGCGCCCUUACCAAUGAUCCGUCGAAGCUAGCCCAGUUUGGAGGCGUCUUUAAGGGGACUCUCAGUUUGGGAAUCUGUCUCUCCUUCGUCAUGGCUGCUCAGAAUGUGCCUUUUGUGGGCCAGCUGUCUCUUCAAUUCUCACUCUAUGUGAUCGGGGUUAUCGGUAUGGUCUACGUCUUGAUCGUCUACGUCAAGGAGACCAACUACUUUACUGAAGAGAAUGUUAUUGCGCCAUUGAGUGUUGAAGAGCAGGCCAGGGUGGCCGGCCUGGUCACCGAAGAGCAAAUCCAGUCUGAGGCCACGAAGAAUAAGGUCGCUGGUAUGAACGCACAAGUCCGUAAGCAGGACGUUGAAGUCGUUGAAAAUGCCUAG